AAAUAAUAUAGAAAAUGGAUGUUCAAUAGGAUGGAGAAUAAAAUAUAGAUUAUAAUGAAAAUGAUGGUAAUACAGUACCAAAAUUUACAAAGCUAUUCUCAAAAGCAAUGGAUUAAUUUAGAUUGAGAGUAUUUUUCUUAUUUCUUGAGAGAUUGUACAUAAUAAUCAGUAUGUCGAUUAUUUUAGUUUUAUUAUCAUUAUAAGAUUGUGGAUGGAAUGAUUUACAUUAUUGGGUGUUGUUUAGUAAUAUAUAGGCAGUUUUUAGCUUAAUUUUGUAUGGAUAAUUAUUUAAUUUUUCGAACAAGGAAUCAAUAUAAUAACAUUUAGCAUUUCAUUAUGUUUAAAUAGUAUUUGUUCCAAUAAAUGAAGUAACAGAUCAUCCUGUUGCUCCAGAAGGUAUUAAAUAAAUAUAAAAUAUUAGUUUUUGAUCCCACUGCAAACUUAACAACAAUGGAACUUGAUAAAAAGGCAGAUGUGAUGCAAUUAUAAAUAAGAUAAGAGAUUGUUAAUUAAAGCAAAUUUUGCAAAUAUAAUAACAUAUUUAGUAAUGCUACAAAUUAAGGAAUAUUUAUAUGGACUAUUUAUUAUAUAGUAGCAAAUCCAAAUACAAGUACAGGAUCAGGAGAAUGUGACAAAUGGCCAAUUAUACAAACUUAUAUAUAUGGAUCAUUUUUAUUCUUAUAAUAUUCAUAGUAUUAUUUACUAGCUGCAUUAGCAUUAGUUAUGCUCCCUUUUAUUUUAGUUUAUCUGAUAAUUCGAUGUUUUACAGAUAGAAGAAAGAAAUAAUAAGCAUUGAUGGCAUUGAAUGAUUUACAAAAAAAUAAGAUUUUAUAUAAACCUAAUAUUCUUGAAGGAGAUUAAGAAUGCUCAAUUUGUAUGCAACCAUAUUAAAGUGAUGAUGAAGUCUUAAGAUUACCUUGUAGUACUCUUCAUCAUUUUCAUAAUACAUGUAUUUCUGCUUGGCUUUAAAUUUAAUCAACUUGUCCAAAUUGUAGACAAUAAUUAUUACCAGAUAAUUUAUAGCCACUUCUUCAAUAACCAUAAUAAUUAUAAGAGCCAUUAUGAUAAAUAUAUUAAAUAAACCAA